UUCUUCAUUCAUUGAAAAGACGGAACAAUGAAUAGCCCUUUUAUAAUCUAUGGACCCUAGGGUUGGUACGACCUAUGCUAAACAUCGGGAAAUAACCAACAAAGAAAACCCGACGGAGCUUAUAAUACGCUCGACUCAAAUAAGAGAAAAUAAAUAAAAUUACCAUAUUGACUCAAUAAAAUACCAAAAAUAAAUAAAUACCAAAAAGACUCAAACUAACUAAGGAGUCGGUUGGGAGGCUUCAACCGAUCUCUCGGCCUCAGAUUCCUGCUCGACGCUACUGCCGUCAUCGGCGCUUGCGUCUCUCUCUCUCUGCCUUCCUCCUCUGGUUCCUCCCCCUCGGCUGGCACUGUCGUCGUCUGGUCGCCAGCCGCCUUCUCUGCUACGUUCUCCGUCGAUGGGGUUGGUGCAUUCGGAACAUACCUCCAUUUUUCUUUCUUCAAUUCUUGUUUAUUUAAAAUCAUCAAAUUUGUUGCAUAAAAUUAUAAAAUAUGGAUCUUCAAUUAACGAUCAUAGGAAAAAAAUAAUUCAAUGUACUAUCAACUCCAUAUGUGUAUAAUGAAUAUCUUGAUUUGGGAUCGAAAAGCUGAGAAUAACGAAAUGGCAUGGAUUAGCCAAAGUAUUGGGCGCCAUUUUAGGCAUCUCCGGCACCAUGGCCUUCACCUUCUUCAAGGGCCCACCUCUCUACUCACAAUCAGCCCACCACCUGUUCGACGAAAAGCCUCACUCAAACCACGAUUGGAUCAAAGGCGUUCUCCUCGCCAUCGCCGGCCAACUCUUCUACGCUAUGUGGAUCACUAUGCAGGCUCCUCUCCUCAACCAAUUUCCCGACAAACUGCGCCUCACGAUUCUGCAAUGCGCCUUCAGCUGCCUCUCGUCUACGGUCUACGCCGCCGCCAUGGGGAGGCAUCCCUCCUCCUGGAAGCUUCGAUGGGAUAUUGAUCUCUUAUCCGUCUCCUAUUGUGGUGUGAUAGUGACAGGGCUGAGUUAUUGGCUGCAAGCUUGGGUUAUAGAGAAGAAAGGGCCGGUUUUCAGCGCCAUUUUCGGGCCGUUGGCGCUCGUUAUAGCUGCUAUCUUUUCCGCUAUUUUCCUCAAUGAAACUCUUUACAUGGGAAGUGUUUUGGGGUGUGGAUUGCUGGUGGGUGGGCUUUAUAGUUUCUUGUGGGGUAGAAUUAGAGAGGCCCAUAUCCAAGCCCAAAAAGUUUUGGAUAAUGAAGCCCAUCUUGAGACCCCAGCUGUGGAUGAAGACCAAGGGCAAGAGUUCCUUAAUGUUCUCUGUUAAGAGUAAAGGUCGUCGAUGGGUUGCACACGCAUAAGAGGUGUCUUGCUGACUAGUUCACACAUAUAAUGAAAUGUAAAUGGGAAGGGACGAAGGGAGUAUAAUUUUCGGUUGGGUAAAAAAUGAG